GAGCUGUAUCUGAAUCUGUGAAUAUUAGGAUCGCAUGCUGUACCUGUAGGAUUGUUUUUUAGUGAAACAUUUGUGCAGCACAUGGAAUGUUAUAGAAAUCGUAUGGGUGCGUAAAGCCGUGCCAUGCAGGGGAACAGCAGCGCGUUGGCACCGGGUUUAGCGUCGUGCGGUCCGGCACUGGACGAGGGCUAUGCGCUGUCGAACCGGACUCUCCAGAACCUGUCGCUCCGCUGCUGGCUCCAGCUCCUCUCCAAAGAGUCCGCGCCGGAGCUCUACGGCGACAGCUCGAGCAUGGCCAUGCGCGUCGUGAUCGCGCUCGUCUACCUGAUCGUGUGCGCCCUGGGGCUCGUCGGGAACCUGUUAGCACUUUACCUGCUCCAGUCGCGCCACAGACUCAAGCAGUCAUCCAUCAACUGCUUCGUCAUGAGUUUGGCCGUGACAGACCUGCAGUUCGUCCUGACCCUUCCGUUCUGGGCCGUGGACACACUUUUGGACUUCAGAUGGCCGUUUGGAAAGGUGAUGUGCAAGAUCAUCAGCUCGGUGACCACCAUGAACAUGUACGCGAGCGUGUUCUUCUUGACGGCCAUGAGCGUGGCGCGCUACUGCUCUCUGUCCUCUUCCCUACGGAUGCAAAGUCCCAAAACGGCCUGGGCCGAGGUCAAGUGGGCCAGCUUGGGGAUCUGGCUCGUGUCUGUGGUGGCCACCAUCCCUCACGCGGUGUACUCGACCACGGCGCAGGUGUCCGACGACGAGCUGUGCCUCGUCCGCUUCUCGGACUCCGGUAGCUGGGACCCACAGCUGCUGCUCGGUCUCUAUCAGACACAGAAGGUCCUUUUGGGUUUCGUGAUUCCGCUGGUCAUCAUCUGCGUUUGUUAUCUCCUCCUGCUGCGCUUCGUUCUGCGGCGGCGCGUCAGCGGCAUUCCCGGCUCGGAAAGCGAGAGAGGGCGGCACAAGCGCCGCUCCAAAGUCACCAAAUCCGUCACCAUCGUGGUUCUAUCGUUCUUUCUGUGCUGGCUUCCCAAUCAGGCACUGACCCUUUGGGGAGUGCUCAUCAAAUUCGACCUGGUGCCGUUCAGUAACGCGUUUUACAACGCGCAAGCUUACGCGUUCCCCAUCACCGUGUGCCUGGCGCACACCAACAGCUGCCUGAACCCGGUGCUGUACUGUCUGAUCCGACAGGAGUACCGCACCGGCCUCAAGAAACUGCUGUUUCGAGCCACUCCGUCCAUCCGGAACCUGGCCAAACUGGUGUCCAGGAGGAAGAAGGUCGCGGAGGCUCCGCCUGGAGUGGCUGUGGUGCAGAUGGAGAUCGGGGUGUGACGUCG